AUGCUCCGUAUACCGGCCUUCAGGGUCUACGGCCCCGCAAGAAACAUUCCGGAAUGGUGGAUCUUCAACGGCCGCGCCAAGACCAUUAACGAAAACAAGGGUUCUGGUGCAAAGACGAUUGUUGCAUCAUCGGCAAGAGUUUUAGUGACAGAAUAUGGUGAUGUGGCUGUAGGAGUCAAGAUUGUCGACAAACAGGCCUCAGAUCAUGGCACAUCAAUAGCCAAUGCAGCUCGACGUUUUAAGGCCAGCCUCAGAGAUGAACCUAACCACCAAGAACCAGCAUCGAGAUAUCUGUCCGAAACCUCUACAACCUCGGCCUAA